AUGGGUGAUAGUCCAUCUUCUUCCCUGUUCGCCCAGAUACAUCCCGUUGCCCCUUCUCACUCUGCCCCCUCCCGCCAUCUGCCUCAACAGGCCUUUGCUUCAAUCGAAUAUCCUGGUCCUGUCUCUCACCCUUCUGCUAUUCUCAAUCUCGUAUCUCAGGAUGAUAUAAACGAAUGCUUCAACGCUCCGAUCACAGAGGGAAACAUUCUAGAAAUGAGCUAUCGGCCAGGGGACAGAUCUUGUGUUCCCGUCAGAGGGAACAAGGUACCCAGUCAAAAGCUUCUAUUGAAGAUCGUUAAACGGCACAGGAGAAAAGAAGAGGAAGGUCAUGUAUCGAGGAGAAGGGGUAAGGAGAGGGAAGGUGCUGAGGAAGGUGUUUUUACAGCUGAAAUAGUGGGGCCGGUCAAUCAGACCGUUCGGUUUAGAUCUAUGGCAGACUGGCAUUAUACACCCGAUCCGAAUGGCCGUGUCUCUCAGGUCUACGAUAUCCUCAGGGAUCUUAACUAUGAUGCCAUACUGGAUUACAAGAUCCCUCCGUUGGAUGAGACCUACCUUGAGCUGGUAGAGCCCGCAGGAGGAUCCUCAUCGUCUAUGCCAACUUACCGUUCUUUGUUGGAUCUUCAACCCCCUCCGACGUUCAGCGAACGUCGGCUGCCACCAGCUUUUGGCUUCAAACAACCUCCUCAAGUCGGUGUCGAGGAUUGGGAGGACGAAAAGACCGGUCAGAUCAGAAAACGAUACGUGAACAAAGCACGUUACGUGGCGCUGGGUACAGAAAGUAUAAGUCAUGUGCACAAGCCGGAGGAAGUACCUACCGGACCGCCGGCCAAGGUGAAGACUCGAAUGGCCAAGUUGGACCUACAAGUCCUCAAGAAAUUGAAGGAAUUGUUCGACGAACGACCGGUCUGGACACGUGCAGCUCUUUUGGCUCAGCUCAAUAUUGAGGAAACGACCAAGGUAAAUCGGGAAAAGGCAUAUCUGUCUUCUGUAGCUUAUACAUUCGGCACUGGACCUUACUGGAAAUGCUUAGUGCGUUAUGGCUAUGAUCCGGUAGCCAUACCCGAAGCGCGCAUGUACCAGAGGAUAUGGUUUUACGUGUCUCCAGCUCGAUCACGGGGAAUGCAUCGAGACGAGGCAGAAGAAGAGGCAGAAGGACAAGUGGGAGCGCAGACCAAACAAGAAUGGGAAGCGGAACAACUGGAGUUGAUCGAGCAGGGAAAACGUCCACCCAUUGAUAGAACUCGUCCGCACAUAUUCGACGGUCAAGUACUCAACCGUCAUAGACCAGAUUAUCAGCUAUGCGACAUUGAAGAUCCCUUAAUCAGACGAUAUAUCAAUAAACAAUCAGCUUGGAUGGACAAAUGUGAUCCUAGGGAUGGUUGGUACGCCACGCAAACGAUGGACAUCAUCAAAGCUCUCGUCAGGCACAAAUUUAUCCGAAUCCGCAAGACCGGACUUUCGCCCAGUGCUGCCGAAUGUGCAGAGAUCAUUGUCAAGAUAGAAACGAGCGGAACGAAAGAACUAUAA